AUGGGAAAUUUUACGAAGAAACUCCUCUGGACUGUCGAAGUCGUCAUCUCUAGACCCGCUGAUCUCCGAAAGUUCUUCAAACCCACCGUUGCUAGAGGCAAGACCGUUUGGCCCAAGAACCCCGCCGAUCUCCUUCGUUACGGUGUCAGAUGGGACUACGACGGCAUCAACAAGCAUAAUGGUGUCGAUUGCCAUCGCUACCAGCUCCAGCCAAACGCUGGCAAAAUCCCGAGCACGAUCAAAGAGUGGCGUGAUAAGAAUGGCGGUACCCAUGCUGUGAUUACGGUGAUGCAUAUCCCGGUUGACACCGAACCCGACACUGAAAUCUUCGAGUCUUCAGCAAAAGAAGCCCUCGACAAUAUGAAAUAA